AUGUUGAAAAAUUCUAAAAUUACAAUUGAGGGUUCCGAUGCACCCCAAGCAUCGGAUCAAGAAGAAUGCCCGGUGGAAACCGCGGAGUCUGGGGGGACCACCCGCCAGCCUGCCUUAGUAGUACCGGUCGUUGCGAUAGCGAACCAGCCUGAGACUGCAGUCAAUGGCCCGCUGAUCGUGAAAAAUGCUCCUGUUUACCAGUUCGCGAAAACUGGUGCAGGGCAGAAGACGGUGGGGACCUACAAGCGAUCUCUCUCCGAGGAGAAGAUCCUAGGGGACCCAAAACGUGUGAGGACAGGGCCGAUAGAGCGGAUGAUAACUCCGAAACUACCGCCCAUUCCGGGACGAAAUAGGAGAAAACCUCGUACCAUAGAUAGCGACGCAAUACGCGAACGAGCGCACGUGGUGCUGAGCGACCUCCUGCCCGAGGGUAGCAAGACUAACGUCUACUACACCCUCGAGGAAGUCGCAAAGCUAAACGAGCACAUCAGAAGCGCUGGCAAUAUCAGAAGUGACAUCACCAGAUCUGGACUGUCACUCACGGUGCUAGUGCGUCAAGCGGAGGAACUCUGGAAGGAGAUGCGAUCGAAGUACAAUAUCCUCGCUGAGGAGGCUAGUACGGAGAAAGCUGCGAGAUUGUUGCUGGAGGAUAGGGUGAAAGCCCUUGAGGUCCACAACGAUUCUCACUCUUCCAUCGAAGUAGAGGACCAGGUAACCCAUAGUGAAUUCAAUUCGCUACGGGAGCAGAAUGCAGCCCUCCAAGCAAAGGUUGAGGAGCUAUCCAAAACCAUUGCGGAGCUUGCAGCUGCUAAGCCGGCCUCCACCCCAGCUGCGCUCGACAGACACCACCUUCGUCUUGCGAAGGCACAGCAGGAAAUCCUUAUCCUGCGUGAAGAACUGAAGGGCCUCAAAGAGGAGAAGGCCAAGUGGGAGUCGAACCCGAAGCCUGGAAAGUCUGGCAAGACUGGAAAGAACAAGGGCAAGAACAAUGGUAAGAACCAACAAAAUCAGAAGCCAAAGCAGGUGAAGGGUGGCGUCCAGAACGCAGAUCCCAAACCUACAGUUCCAAUCACGCCUUCAGGUAGCAAGGAUGUUGGCACCAUCCCCGACGGGGAAUCCAAAGGUGACAACUCGGGCGACGAAAGCGGUGAUGGAACCGCUAAUGAUGGUUUCACGGUGGUGAACCGAAGGAAACCUAGGUCUAAGCACAAGCCCCGUACGAGGAACGAGGCUAUAGCGAUAAAGGCCGAUGAGAAAAGUUACGCGAGCCUAUUGCGAAACUUGCGCUCCAACGAGGAAUUCAAGGAGCUUGGGGAGGCUACUAAGUCGGUGCGGCGAACUCGCCAGAAUGAGCUUCUCCUUAUCCUCAAAAAGGGUACGAAGCCCAGUUCCGAGUACGCCCGACUGGUUACCGAGAGUGUUGGAAGUGACGAAAUCAAGGUUCGGUCACUCUGCUCAGAAACCACUCUCCAGUGUAAGAACCUGGAUGAGACGGUGACGGCAGAAGACCUCCUUGACGCCAUAACAACACAGUGUCUUACGGGCACCCUUUCGGUACCCGUCCAAUUAAGAAAGUACAACCAAGGCACGCAGACGGCCACCUUUAAGCUACCAGCGAAAAUCGCGGCCAUGGUGCUUAAGGUGGGUAAGAUCAAAGUCAACUGGUCAGUAUGCCCAGUGUCUGCGAUCGAACGCCCAACCGUCUGCUUCAAGUGCCUGGAGUACGGUCACAAGUCAUGGUCCUGCAAGGGACCCGACCGUACUGCGACCGUGCAAGUGAUACAGUUGAACCUCAAUCACUGUGACACGGCGCAACAGCUGCUCUUCCAGACGGUGGUCGAGAAGAAAUGUGACAUUGCGCUUCUCUCGGAACCAUAUCAAGUCCCGGAGGGGAAUAGGAAUUGGUUGAGCGACCCGCCAAAGGCUGCGGCAAUCUGGGUUACGGGUCAGUUCCCAAUACAAGAGCUAGUAGCAGCAGAGGAGGGCUUCGUGAUCGCUAAGGUUAACGGAGUCUUCUACUGCAGCUGCUACGCUCCCCCGAGGUGGUCUAUAGACAGGUUCGACAGAAUGCUGGAUAGACUGACGGACGCACUCACAGGCAAAACCCCCGUAGUGGUGGCCGGCGAUUUCAACGCAUGGUCCACACAAUGGGGUAGCCGCGAGUCGAACCGUAGAGGCCAGGACCUACUUGAGGCACUUGCCAGGCUAAAUGUUGAUCUAGCCAACGAAGGAUUCACGAGUACGUUCCGUAGGAACGGAGUCUCGUCGAUCGUUGACGUUACUUUCUGUAGUCCCAGCCUUAUGGCAAGCAUGGACUGGAAAGUGGACGAGGGCUACACUCACAGCGAUCACCAAGCGGUAACGUUUAGGAUCUGCCGUGUGGCCCGCGGUCCCGCGCAACCGGCCUCCCGACAAGAGUGCCGGUGGAAGACAUCGACCCUUAACAAGGAAGUCUUUGUCGAAGCGCUAAGAAGAGAAAGCGCCACUCGGGACAUUCUAGAACUCGACUGCGACGGGUUAAUGACCAUCCUGACUGGCACCAGUGACGCAGCGAUGCUGAGGCAAUCUAAGCCAAGAAACGCGCGAUCCCCAGUUUACUGGUGGAACGAGGACAUAGCUGCCAUUAGAGCAGCUAGCCUGAGUGCCCGGAGGAAACUCCAACGAGCUCGCUCCGACGAGCUGAGGGAAGCCAGGCGGGUGAUCUACAAAAUCGCCAAAGCUACCCUUAGCAAGGCAAUUAAAGAGAGCAAGAGGAACUGCUUCGGCAACCUCUGCCAAGAAGCCAACAAUGCACCAUGGGGUAACGCCUAUCGGAUUGUUAUGGCUAAGCUGAAGAGUGGCGCGGUUGCCAUUGAUCGUUCACCAGAAAUGAUGUCAAGAAUCAUCGACGGGUUGUUCCCUCAUCACGAGGUUGAGCCCUGGCCAACGACCCCCUACUACCAUGAGGGGUUGACGGUAGAUGAACAAAACAUCACGAAUGAGGAACUUAUCAAAGCCGCAUCAGCCCUCAAAGCGAAUAAGGCACCGGGGCCCGAUGGGAUCCCCAACCAGGUCCUUAAAUUGGCGAUCGAGGAAAACCUGGACAUGUUCAGGUCGGCUCUCCAAAAGUGCAUGGACACAGGAGUCUUUCCGGACCGGUGGAAGCGACAAAGGCUCGUCCUGUUGCCUAAACCGGGGAAGCCACCUGGCGACCCAUCCGCGUAUAGACCCAUUUGUCUCAUAGACACCGCUGGCAAACUGCUUGAGAGAGUUAUCCUCAACAGACUAACGAUUUAUCUAGAGAGGGGUCUUUCAGACCGUCAAUUUGGCUUCAGGAAAGGAAGGUCCACGGUCGACGCGAUCAAAGCAGUCCUUGAGAAAGCUAAGAUUGCAGUCGAGCCCAAGCGUCGAGGGAUGCGCUUCUGCGCUAUCAUCACCCUAGAUGUUAAGAAUGCUUUCAAUAGCGCCAGUUGGGACGCCAUUGCGAGAUCUCUCCAUAGAUUUCGUGUCCCCAACUACCUGUGCAAGUUGCUUAAAAGCUACUUCGAAAACCGAGUCCUUCUCUACGAGACGGACGAGGGUCUUCGCGAACUGAUCAUCACGGCGGGGGUCCCACAAGGCUCCUUGAUCGGUCCUGGGUUGUGGAAUGGUAUGUACGACGGGGUGCUGACUCUAGAGUUACCGACGGGCGUUAGUAUAGUUGGCUUUGCCGACGACAUCGUCCUGAUGGUGCUCGGCACCGUCGAAACGGUGGAACACGUGGUAUUUGAAUGCCCCCGGUUCCAAAGUAGCAGAGAGACCUUGUUGCUGGGAUGUGGUCCUGACACAUCCCCAGACAACCUGACAGACAGAAUGUGCCAGAGCGAGGAAGCAUGGGGUGCAGCUUCCACAGCUAUAACGCAGAUAAUGCUCAAAUUGCAAGAGAAGUGGCGCACGGACCAGCGUGCGUCCCGGAACGAAGGGCCCCUGGCCCAGUAG